AUGAAAACAGGUGCAAAGGCCAACCAUAAACGAAAAUUCCAAAUAGACAGAGCACAAGGAAACAAAACGCGGAAGUGAAAAGUGAAAUUUUAAAAGUGCUCAUAAUUUGAAAAUUUUAUACAAAAAAGUAGUAAAAUCAAAAUUAAACCAACGACAAAAGCAUAAAUGGAAGUUCAGUGAAUUGAAAGCAACAAAUUUGGAAUCGUGUAACACAAAGUGCAACCAACAUUCAAUCUAAAAAUAAUAAUUGAAGUGCAUCAAACAAAAGAAAAAAGAACGUGUUCUUUCCAUCUCAUAAAGUGGCAAACAAUAUAAGGAAAAUAUGCCCUUCAAAUGGAGCCCCCCACAACGUAAGCGAACACUUACCAAGGGGGGCUCCAACACCUCACUCUCCCCCACAAGUUCAACGCUACUAACGUCUAGUAGUGCCGCCACAAUGGAUAUCUCGGCUUCCGUUACUCCAACAAAGGCCACCGGAUCCAGUAACAUCCCACAGAAUCUCGACUAUAAAUCUUUUCAACUACAAAAACAGCAAACAGAAAAACAUCAACAUCAACACACCUCAGCACCAAUGAAAUUGAGCAGCGCAAAAAAUUCAUUUAAACGUUCAGCUACACACGAAAGCACGCACUCUUCAAUGCAAUCGCUUUACUCAACAAAUUCAACGAAUGCACUGCUAACAAGUCGCGCUGUCGAUGACGAUGAUGAUAAUGAUAAUGAUGGUGUUUAUGGACUUUACCAUAAAUAUGGCCACCAACAUCAGCAUCACCACCACCACCAUCAUGGACUACAUACGCAUGCACAUGUAGUCGGUCGAAGUUGUGGCGGCGGUGGUGGUGGUGGUGGUGUAGGUGUAGGUGUAGGUGGAAGUGAUGGUGGCGGUGGCAGCAGAUUAAGUGGCGCAUCUUCGAAACGUAGCGGCAAGAAACCGAACUGGGGUUCACGUGAACGUGCGGGCAUGAGUUUCCUCAUUGUCAUUGCAUUCUUUGCCAUCUUCGGAUUGAUCGUGCUGAUGGAGCUGUUCAUGAUCGACGACCGUUCGCCCACAGGGAUGAUGGCAGUACGCCAUGGCAAUAACUAUGGCUCACGUUCGAGUGAUUCAAUGCCGGAUUAUGAUAAUGUGAAGGAUGACUAUGAUUUACUGGAUGAAAGCCUUUUGAGUGAUAGUAAAUUAGGAUUUGUACAGUUUCGUGAUAACAAAUUAAAAAUUCAAGAUGCCGAUAGCGAUGCAAACGGACGCGUGGCGGGUGUACUACUCAAUUCCGGCAGUGCUUCCGCCAUGCCACCACGUGGCGGUGCUGGCGCUAAUGCUGUGGAUAGCGGUGCACCGGGGCCAGCAGUUGUACGCGCGGGCGGCAUGGGCACACCGCUUAUACCCUGGGGCAAGAUAUUGCCCGCGAAAGUGGAGGAGACACUGCCACACUUUCCGAUUGGCGUACAGCCAAACGAUGGCGCUUGGCAGGUUGUCAACGGCACACGUUUCAAGUUCUUCGUCUUUUCGGCCUAUUAUGAUCGACGUGAUGGCGCGAAAUUGGUGCGCGUCAUAGGCGCAACCAAGACACGUACACCGGAGCGGGUGUGGUGUCGCUUUUGGUAUCACACACAACAGCUGAAGCAGCAACAGCAACAGCAACAACAUAUGCCGAGUUAUACGUCAGCAACUGUAAUGGCGCGCGUAAAGGUUAUACGCGAAAAUUGGAACCUCAAAUACAGCGCCGUAUUUGUGCUUUGUCCAGUGCGUCCCGCCGAGCUGGAAGUGCCGCAUUAUGUCAGCAUUGUGGCACGUUUACGCGCCCCACCAGGUAAUCUGCUGCUAUUACGUAACACCGAUUGGGACACAGACUUUGCACAUCUCCGCACGCCACCAUUGACAGCCAAUAUGAGCAGCCACUCGGCGCAAACUAAUGCAACUACCACGCGACAGCAGUUGCUGAGGCAACACCAACACCAACAGCAGCAGCAGCAGCAGCACAUUCGUGCUACAAUGUCACCAGCGGGCGCACAAUAUUUGCCGUUCGGUUUGCCCACCGAUGAGCAGAUACCAGAUAAAAUCGCCGUCUGUGUGAAACCCUUCCAUUUCAAUUAUGAUCAGGCUCUGUACUUAAUGGAGUUUCUCGAGUUUUACGCUCUAAUGGGCGUUGCCCACUUCACAUUCUACAAUCACACUCUGGGACCGCAUGCCACUUGUGUGUUGCAACACUACAUCGACGGUGAUAUACCGAACACUUCGAACGCUUGGGAUGUGGAUUUGGCCGAGGUGAUGGGGAAAGGUGUGUCGAUAAUGGGGCAGGAUGCUGCUAAAGUCGAUGCUGUGCUUAGUGGUUACUACAAUCUUAACAACAACAACAACAACAACAACAACAUUAACAACAAUAAUAAGAACAACAACUAUGGUAACAGCAUCUACCACAAAAUCAACAGUUUGAGUGGCAAUCAGACUGCGGGCGCCACAGGUUCAAUUUCCAGCAUAAACACACAACAUACAACAACAGCAACAACGUUUGAAAGUGAAGUAACCGGUGCAUUGCAACCACCACCGCCGCCACCACCACCACCGCAGCUGCCACCAAAACCACCAUUACCGCCGACAUUGCCACCGGUGAAGCGUUACAAAAGUACACACUAUGCUAAGCCAACGAUUAACAUCCUGCCAUGGAAUUUGCGUAUGCGCUCACAAAAGGAAAUACGCACAGAGGGUCUGUUUGCGGCACUCAACGAUUGCCUCUACCGCACUAUGCAUCGCUACCGUUAUUUAGCGAUGGUGGAUUUGGAUGAAUUCAUUGUGCCACGCCACAACGAUACGCUCAACGAAUUAAUUAACUCGCUCAAUCAUCGCUUCCGUUAUCGCAAUCUUGGCGCUUACUCCUUUCAAAAUGCUUUCUUCUAUCUACAAUUCCCCGAUGAUCCUCUGGUGACGCAAGUACACAAUCAACCUUCACAGCAGCAACAACCGUACGCCCACAAAAACCCUACACUGCGCGCUUCCUUGGUGACACAACGAAAGACACGCAGACGACUUAAACUUCAUCCGCAAAAGCAACGUUCUAAAUAUAUUUGUAAGCCUGAGUCGGUCAUCGAAGCUGGCAAUCAUUUUGUGUGGGAAUUUUCGCCAGCAAAGGGAUCAUUAAAUGUACCACCAACUGAUGGUAUACUACAACAUUAUCGGGUCUGUGAAUUCGGUGGCAAUGAUUGCAUAAAGGCUCCCUCGGUGGUCGAUCGAACAGCCACAAAGUAUGUAAAUCGCUUGGUCGAGCGCGUCGAACUUGUUUAUAAACAUUUGAGACAACGUUGCGAUCUACCAGCGUUGCCAAAUGAAUCUACGCAAGAACAAAAACAACAGGAGCAGCAGCAACAACAACAGCAACAACGAAGACAGCAAUCACAAAGUACAGCAAAUAAAAGCGAUGAUGAGCGCAUAAAAACAUUAGUGAACGUCAAAUCGAAACGAGACAACGAUCGUGAGAAUAGCGGUAAUACUAGAAACAGUGCAACGAUGAUAAAUAAGGCGACGAAUGCGCUAAAUAACGGUAACAGCAUCGAUCCAACGGCAAGUCCGGCGCAUGGUGAAUACAAAGUAAAACGAAAGAAGCGUAAAGUGGUGGUGUUUGAGCAGGACGAAGAGGGGCUGCCGAUAGCGCGCCUGGAGUAUGUGGAUACUUAAAAGGGGGUGGCGGAGCAGGAGUAGGGAGUUGGCAGUAGAAAGCAAAGUAUUGCCAACGUAUUGAAUUUUACUGGAAGAGUUAAGAGUUGAGUUUGCAUUUAGCUAUAUACAUACAUAUAAACAUAUUGAAAAAGAGAAUUCAAAGGCAAGCUAAAAUUUGGGACAUAAGUAUUGCUUGAUCUUUGAGUCUUUUAAUAUUUUCAUUAAAAAUAUUUAUA